AUGGGCGGUGCCGUGAAGGUGUACGGGGUGGCGGCGUCUCCGUUCGUCGCGACGGUGCUGCUGUGCCUGGAGGAGGUCGGCGCCGACUACGAGCUCCUCCCCCUCGACAUGGCUGCGCGGGAGCAGAGGACCGAGCCCUACCUCUCUCGGAACCCUUUCGGCAAGAUCCCGGCGUUGGAGGACGGGGAGCUGACUAUAUUCGAAUCGCGCGCGAUUUCUCGGUACGUGCUCCGCAAGUACGGAGGCACCGGCGCCACCGAUCUCCUACGGGCAUCCAGCCUCGAGGAAUCGGCCAUGGUGGACGUGUGGAUGGAGGUGGAGGCCCACCAGUACCAGCCGGCCAUAGCCAACAUCGUCCGGCAGUGCGUCAUCCUGCCGUUCAUCGGCGGCGCGCGAGACCAGGCCGUCGUCGACGAGUACGUCGGGAAGCUGGAGAAGGUCCUCGACGUGUACGAGGCGCGGCUGUCCAGCUCGCCGUACCUCGCCGGGGACUUCUUCAGCCUCGCCGACCUCGUCCACUUCGGCUUCACCUACUGCCUCGUGGCCGGCACCGAGUACGCGACGCUGCUGGAAUCGCGCGCGAGCGUCAUGGCGUGGUGGGGGCGGAUCAUGACCAGGCCGGCGGUGAGGAAGGUGGCGCCGCUAAUCCACCUCGGACUGAAGCUAUCUUCGCCAGCAUAAGUUGAAUACCGUGAAUUCAGUUUAUAUAUGUAUUUCAAUUGGGUUUUAUUAUUUUUCAUGUCUAGGGACACGUUGAGAAAUAAAUGUUUGUUCAUAUAUAUAAGUAGUACUUCCUACGGAGAAAACAUAAAAACAUUUAGAUCACUAUUUUAAUAAUAUAAAGGCUUUUAUAUUUC